AUGGGCAUAUCGUCUUCCAAAUCAAGUACCAUUACCAUACGACGGAGUGCUGCUGACGCCGAGACUCCUGCUGCUGAAGAAGCUGCUGGAGAAGGAGAAGACGAGAAUGCCACAGUCAUUAUACUUGGUCCUCGAUGGGUGCGUGACAGAAAUACAGGACAACAAUAUGUCGAGAAGAACCGACGCAGAGCCGAUAUGCUCGAACGGCGUGGUGAAGUGACUCAUGCUCUACGGCAACAGGGAAAGCGAUUCUUUACCAGGCACAAAGACGGGACUAUGCAGAUGGACCCCAAAAGAGCAUCANGUUGGUGGGUUUUUAGUCGCUGCCUGAACGUUAUCAAUUCAGCUGCCAUUGGUUUUAUAGAGCUAUGUAUCCUUCAUCUACCCUAUCAAUUACCCUCGCCGCUCUCUCCAGAAGUCCUAAUGCAGUGUUCUUCGUCUUCCAACGUGGAAUCCAACCGCUACAACUCGGCACCUUCACAAGACGUCCGAAUGAGCAGACCAUCAAUAGGCAUCGAGGAAUUAUGGAACCUGACAUCUGCAAACAUCCAAGUAUUAGACGACCACCUACUAUCCACUCAUCCAACAUUUGAGACGCCACCUGACAGACAACAACCAUGGCUCCGGAUGGCCGUCUCCAAGAACACGGAUGGUACUUUUCAAGGCAUGCUCCUCGAACGUGGAACGCUCUUCGCCGAAACAAAACGCUGCCAAAGCCCGUACGAAGCAGUGCUGGAAAUUUUUGAGCACACGUCUUCGCUGGUUGCCAAAACGCUGGCGGGAGAAAUACAAGCGUUGAGGAUUGGAGGGCAGACGGAGGACAAGACGGUGAUAAGACUGGAUCUCAUGAGACGGAAACCUGGCGAAUGCUUUGAGAAUGUAUGCGACAAAUGGACAGACGAGAAGGGAAGAAGACGUUCAAGCGCUCAGGAGCUUGAGAAGGAUGUCAUAGGCGGGAUUUGA